CUGAUCGGAGGUUUACAUCUGUCAAGGCACCACAGGCGCAUGAAAUGGACCACAACACUGUCAUUACAAGCCUGACCUAUCAGAAACUGUUUCAGCCUAGUCACAUGGGAACAUCGACAGGCUGAUAGGCAGGCGAAAGGAUGAGAGAGGAACUAAUGGCACUUCACUGAAGGAGAGGCAAGUCCAUGCGUAAACACUUAAGUUUACCACGCAGCUGCUGAACAUUGGAGGACCCUGGGCAAUAACAGAUUUCUUCGAGUGAAAACGAAAAAAGAAAAUCAGAAACGGAGAGAGCGGCAGGAAAAUUGGUUGUAUGGCACCUCAGUCGUGCGUAAUGAAUCCUGCGCAGGGAUCACCGCCCUUGGCUGUUCCGACGCAGACCUCACCAGAGGACCGAACCGCUGGUGGCAUUGGAACCGACGAGCUGGACCUGUCAUCUACCAGAAGGUGUAAAACCAAAAGUUUAAACCUGCCUUUCAGUGUGGAAUCCCUCAUAUCAGACAGGACGCCGGACAGACGCCUCCACUCCCCCGAGCCUGCAGGCUGCGCCCGGGCAGAGGAGACCGAGUGUGCGUCACCGAGGGGACUUUAUCGGUCCAAUCCGGAGGCUGUGGACCUCAACGACAAGGAGACGAGCCCCUGGUUUCAGGCUCCUUACGCAUCCCCUCCAAGACAUCCCAGCCCGACCUCGUGUAAUCUACGGAAACACAAGAAUAACAGAAAACCCAGAACUCCCUUUACAACCUCUCAGCUGCUUUCUCUGGAGAGGAAGUUCCGUCAGAAACAGUACCUCUCCAUCGCAGAGAGAGCGGAGUUCUCCAACUCUCUCAGCCUCACAGAGACCCAGGUCAAGAUCUGGUUUCAGAACCGCAGGGCCAAGGCCAAAAGACUGCAGGAGGCCGAGCUGGAGAAGUUCAAGCUGGCCGCGAAGCCGCUGCUGCCGGCCUUCGCCUUUCCCUUCCCCCUGAGCGCACCCAUGGGCUCACCGUCCCUAUACGGGUCCCUGAACGGACCGAGGCCUGCCUUCACCGUCCCAGGACUAUUCAGUGGACCAUAUGGGAUGUACUACUUGUCUUAACCCUCACUACCUUUGAACUGCAUCGCUGGGAAAGCUGCCUUUUAAAAAUGCCUUAGCCUAUACAGCAAAUAACCAACACUGAAAAAAAUGUCCAUCUUGAGUCAACAUGUCUGAAAUCUUAUAUUAAUUCUUAUGUGAAAUAUUUUUCGAUAUAAUGAAACAUAUUUUUCACACAAUAGUUAUGCUAGUAGAACAAUCUCUUUUAAUAUAACCGCUUUAUUUAAGGAACACGCGGGACAAAACCAAGUGAAAUAUUUCACUCGAUUGGCUUUUUUAAUAUGAAUCAGAAUUUAAGAUUUACUUUACAGUAAAUGAUUUGUUAACAAUUUUUGCAGUAUAUUCAGUAAAAUCCUUUUUUUUUUUUUUUUUUUUUUGCAGAGCUCAUUUUCCGGACUAAUUGCUAUCCUAUUGUGAGCUUUACCAUUACAACAGAGGUAUUCCAUAAAUAUUUGAGUCAAAGUGACUUUAAUGUAACAAAACAUACCGUGAUUAUUUAAAGGCCUAUAGCUUUGGGUUUAAAGCAACAGUACGUGACGACUCACUGAAGCGAUUGCCAUGAAUGUGAAUGUUUUAUUUCCGUUUCAAAGGCCUUUACAUAAUUCUCACCUUAGAUGGACAGUUUCAAAUGUGGGGGUAUAGAAAACACUAAGGAGCAUAAACAUUUAUUCCACAUCUAUUUCGGCCUACAAUAGUAAAACUUGAUAAUAUAGGCACA